GAAUGCGACGAUACUUAUCUCAAAUUUUGAACAUGUGCACGACUCACUCUGCCACCUUAUUACCAUCAUCAUCAGCCACUCCAGCAAAAUGUCCCUCAACCCAUUAAUCCAAUCCCUCCCUCCAAUGUCCCCCCUCCAAUCUAGUCUGCCCACUUCCCUUCUCCUCACCUGCGCCGCGACCGCCGUUUCCCUUCCUCUUCUUGUCCAAACCCUCCUCACCCACCUCUCAGCCUAUAAUACCGCACCUCAAGACUUAACCACUUAUCUCUCUGUUCUCGAAUCCAGUGUUCAAGAAAACGCCUCUUACGAUCAUGACAUCAGCAGAAUAUCCAAACUCGAAGAUAAACUUCGAUUAGCGGGCAUGGUACGCGAAAUUCAAAAAUGCGGCGAUGAUUUGAGAGGGCUUUUGAAUAAGAUGGUUAGUAAAGAAGAUCACAAGAGGUUGAAACUCGGAUCUCGGAUAUUAUGGGGAACGACCCGUCGGGAUCUCGAAGAGCGAGUGCGCAAGUUGGAUUUAUUGCGCAUGCGUUUCCUCGUUGUGUAUCUUGGAAUGGUGGCUGCGAAAACGGAAGUGGUAUUGAAAGAGAAGGAGAAGGAGAAGGAGAGAGAAAAGGAAGACGCAGAUAAAAUAUUCGGCUCUCCUAUUCGGAGUAGGACACUUCCGAGUAAUUUGAGCGAGAAUCUCAAACGUACACCGCCGCUAAGGAGAAUCACAAGCAAUGCUAUAGGACAUAAUGAGGGUACGGGAAGUCCACAGAGAAGUGGAUGGUUGGGAGUUGUGAGUGAGUUACAGAGUAGUCCAUUGAUGCAUAAGAGGAGGGCAUCAGUGGAACAAAGUUCUUCGAUCGGAAGUCCGAGAAGUGAGAAGUUUGCUCAAUUUCCUUGAGGGAGCUAACUCGAGUUCUCAAAAAUGACUGAUUCGGUUAUCUCAAUAGAGAAUCACUGGAUGUUUCACUUGGGAUUGAUUAUUGGUUAGGAAGACGGAGGAAGCCAGACGCUUGAGUAUCGUUGCACAUACAUGAUACAUUAUGAAUCUAAAUCGCUACACCAGCUCCCUUGUGAGGGAUAGUGUGAUUCGGGACACGACUUUGGACAAUACUCUUAUGAUGAAUUUUUACGAAAUAUACGGUACAGUACUACGGCUAUACACAAAUGACACGAAAUGGAACAAAACGACAAGCAGACGCAAUAAGAAACAGAAAAGAAAAAACAGCGAAAACAGAGAGCAAAAAAUACGAAAUCACUUUUUUAUGAAUACAAUGAACGCAUGCUUCAUCAUGAACUUGAAGCAGCAUUUAACGAAAUCUACGAAUGUCGGGGGGUUGGAAAGGAGAGCUGGUGUGAUAGGAAGAGAGGAAUAGGGGCUUGAUGAUAAGAAGGCAGAAAAUUUGGAAGGCCAGGAAUUGGGAUGGGAUGGAUGGGAUAGGAGGGUGCAAACAGAAUGUUGUUUAUUAUUCUUCAGGAUAUACCCCUUUUAUGGAUGGUCGGCGCAUUUCAUUUCGUAUUUGGUUUGGGAAUAUUAUGGUGUGAUAUGAUAUGAUAUGAAAGGGUAGUUGAUCUCAGGAAUUAGAUUUGAGGUUUUGGAUCGAGGAUAGAGAGAGGUACUUUUGAUUUUGCACGAGAUAUGAAUGGAUUGCUCACCGGUAGAUGAACCUAACUGAGAUGGGAUUUUGAUGGAAUUUGGAAGCAGCUCGUCUAGGUAGUUUUAAUUUGA